GGAUCACGUGCUGUUGAAAGACCACCUUCUUUACAUAAAUUCAAUUUUAUUUGAAGGAACUGCGACUGCCGCGAUGCGUUUUUUGAAUUUUAAAAAAAGCCUAACGUCGAGCUAGAAAGAACUCUCACUUCUUAUUUUCUGAUUUGACAUUUCUCACCAUGCAAUGCUUGUGUAUGUUUCGGCGGCUUAUUUUGCGGAAUUGCAACACACAGUGACUAGACUACGUAACUACGCGAGGUUCAUAAAAAUCGUUCCAUUCUAUUUUAGCUCUUCGCACACCGCCUCCCUCAAAAACAUCGUCCGAGACAUUCUUACUCACAGCAGGGGCAGCACCCGCAAGACGAAUCUUUCUUUAAACAUGAGAACGCGGUGUCACCUCGUUCCUUUGCUGCUUGCAGCAACAGUCACGGCCUCUUCUGCCGCACCAGUUUCUCUGAACGCCAGUACUGCCUCAAGUUCAUCAUCAACAGGCCCAGCGGUCUUGACAGAACAUGCUCUCGCAGCCCACGACAAGCAAACCCAAGCGGCGGGGUAAGAUGACGGUGUCGUUGAUAAGUAUCUGAUGAUCACUCGCCCAUUUAGAUCUACUUUUAACACUCUUGAUGGUGGACGUCAUCGUGGAGCCAACAUUCAAAAUCUAGAUCCAAAAAUUGAUACAGAAUUGCUCCACCUUCCGUUGAGCAGGAGUAUUACACGGACGCCGUUGCGUCGCAGGCAAGAGCGGGUUUUUUAGGACGACGACCGCAGUGCCACCGAUGGACAAAAUCGGCAGCCUGCAGAGUUGGUGGCGGGUUUGCACUGCUGGCAGCGGCCGCUGCUGGAGCAGGAGCGGCCUUCAGCCACAUCGGUACUGGGCACCACAACGGCCACGGAAACAGUAAAUCCACCACCAGUGCGAUUAAUAAUUUGGACAGCGUGUAUCCCGGCCCCUAUCCAGGCGACCCAAUCCCGCAGGCGCACGGACUGCAUUCGUCCAUGUACGACAGUUACAGAAACAUCGCUGAGCAGCAAGGCGGCAAGACGUGGAAAAGCUACUUGGAGAUGAUUGACGGGGCUGCGGUCGAGCCCGGUGUUCCCGGAGCGUUGGGCGGGCCUGGCUUUCUCGCACCGGCGGACCGGAGUACAACUGAACAAGCCGCGGACUUUUUUUCCCCGACCGGGGGUCGAACACGAAAUACUCCACACAGCCAGAAAGAGGAGCGGCAGCGGGGAUCACUACCCUCAGUUGUUCUUGUCGAGGAUCAGUAUGAGCCACCGAUUAUCAACACGAGCAAAAGUUUAGCCGAAGUCGAGAACUUAGCCGCACUGAAGGCACCAGCGCGUGAACACGUGAAGGGAAACGAUUUGUCUACAGGAAAAGCGACCGAUUUGGAUUUGGAAUCCACGGCAAUUGAAUCCACGACAAGUCAGAGGACACAGCAAGAGAGCACGACUGGGGCAAGCGCUUUCGUAGUACCCCCUUUAUUAUCUCCGCACCAAGAAGUGCCGGACAACGCGGCAUCGUCUGCGGCGCUUCUGAAAAAUGCAAGCCUGAGGACUUCCACUUCUGCUUCUUCUCCGUCUGCACCCUUAGGAACCGCCCUCGACGAGCUUGCGAACGAGAGUGUGACCGAGGCGGAAACGUUCGCAGAGGUGGCCCAUCUGCUGGUGGAGCUGGGCGACGCCAUGAUGAAGGGCAACCAACUAAAGGUGUUCGAAAUCUUCAAAAAGUUGCAACCGGAGCUCGCGAAGACUACGGACGAUUACUACUCUAUCCUGAAAACCAUCAACAAAAUUCAGGAAGUGGCGAUCCAAUUUGCAAACGACAAGCUGCAGACUGACUUCAAGGUAGUAAAUCUGUUCUAAACCAAGUACUAGACUUUUUUUUCCGUUCUUCUUCUUUGCCCAGAGCCCAACCGUCUGCCUCUUCAGGAAGAAGGAGCAUAUUGGCAAACGCAUCAAUCGAGGUCGCCAGUAUGGAGCUUUGUUGACGAAAAGACGAAAGGUCUACUGCCGUUUGUACUGUUGUACUAGAUGGCUAUGAUUUGCGUUUGCUGGCACACGAUGACAGUUUUCCUUCGCACAACAGACCCUUACGUUUGCUCUGGUGUUGCUUUACGGAGACGUGACGAAAUUGAUCGUGAGUGACCUUCGGAACGUGGAGACGCAUUGGCGAGCGCCGAACCACACGGCGCGCGACGCGGCUUUGUUGAACCUGGAAACGCACAUUUUGCAAUCCAUCGGCGACACGAGUGCCCUUUGGAACGCGAUCGCCGGUGUGAUUACCGACGUAGCCCACGAAUUCGGCGAGGGUGCGUUCAGCCACCGAGUGAAGCACGCAAAGAAGGGCGCGGCGCGGCUCGCGAUGGUCGCGCUGCGCAAACGGAACGCGUGGCUGUUACCGACGCCGGAGGGCUUGGAGAUGCGGAAACCCUAUUUGAAGUUUUUCCACUCCAUGCUGCAGUUUGUGAAGGAUCUGGCCGACAUGUCAGAACUACUGAAGGAGCUGAUGCUAUGGGGGUGUCAGGAUCGAAAUCGACAAAGUCGAAAAAUUUGUAAUGCAUAAAUUGCACGGCACGCAUGGCCUGUGUUGACGUUGAGGAGCAGCAGGUAAAUGAAACCGAUGGAAAGUCUGUUUAGGGGAAGGCGAUGUGCUACCAGAGUAGCAUGACAGGAGCUGUCUUCCUUGCCCAAACAGCAUGACAGACAGGACUUUGGUGCUCCUGAAAUUUGUAAUGCAGCACUUGAAAACUGAGGCUCCAACUGGUAUCGAUUUUAUGCAUCACAAAUCAUUUCAAUUUUGUUGAUUUCGAUCCUGACGCUUCCAUAGAUGCUCACGUACGGGACGGAACUGAACACGUUGUGGGACGCGAUGCCGGAGAGCGACAAAAACUUGGCGAACUUGGAAAAGGAUUAUGCGAAGAAAAAAACUGGAUGCGUGUGGUGGGACUUGUUGCAUUUUUUUCUCUGCAUGAAGAAUAGCGGUCUACGGUUUUGUAUUGUUUCAAGGGCCAUUUCCUUGUCCAUGAUGAAGAUGAGAGCCUCUUUUACACGUAUAAUUUCAUGGUCGAGUUGUAUGUAGUGAGGUCACCGAACGGUUCUAACCGGGGAGUUUUUUUGACACCCAGCCAGCAAAACGACCGGCAGUUUUCAAGCGGGCGGGAGUGUUUUUUGACGAAAAAGAUUUUCAAUUAUCAGGCGGCCGGAGCUUUGCCAACAAACAAGCCCGGUCGAAAACUAUCGAUUCCCGCUUGAUAAAACGACGCAGGGGAGCCGGCAAAAGGGGCGCCCUUCUGAGGCGCCCGCCGCCUUAGUUUCUGGCGAUUUGGGGCGCCCAAAAAGGGGCGUGCAAAAAACGCGCCCAAAAUCAGAACAGCGAAACAGCAUGGCACGGCCGCGAUUUCGGAGCACUUUGGGCGGCCGCGAAAGCGGCCGCCUUUUCGCCGGUUUUAGAGCCUGGGAAGCUUUGCAAAAAGCGCCGGCGUGAAAAAUAAAAACGCGAAAAAUAAAAAGCGCGCCAGACGCGCAAAGCCAAUCCGCAUGCCAUGGGCCCGGUUUUUCUUCGCUUUUUGGGCGCCCCCCGUGGCACCCGGAUCGGCCCCAUAGCAUCGGGGCUGGCUUUCGGAAAGUAAUUUUGGAAAUGUGCCAAAAUUUGCGACGUUUCCCAAGUGGCCGCCAUACCGUGCGGCAUAACGUUACUCACGGCGGUAUGGCGAGCCCAUAAAAAGCAAAGCCGCGGCCAAGGCUGCGGUCGGCAAAAAAACGCCCACGACCUCACUACCCCCGCCCCGGCGGCUAUAUUUGGUACUGUUCUUUCACCCGCGAAAACAUUUUUUUUUCUUGGCGAUAAGAAUCCCGCGAAGUUCAUCGAUCAGAUGAUUGUAGACCGGGAGAUGUUGCCAAAAGCGCAGAAGACGCGACGCAUGAGGGAAAUGCUCGACGUGCUGGGGAAGGUGGCAGACAGGCUGGAGAAGGAAGGAAAGGAGUACGAAAAAUUCGUGACCUGUUUUCUUUGUUUUGAGGAUUUUUCCUUGUUCGAAAUUUUCUCUAGGCUUUUAUAGAUUUGCACGUGCUUGAUGCGGGGAAUCUCGCAUGAUAUGCAGAGGUCCUGAAGUAAACAAACAUUAACACACCACAAAGCCUUCUCGCAAUGGAAGCGUCAUUCCCCGAGAUUGAGUCCCUGUUUAGCCAGUAUUUGUCCCCUGUUGGUGAGCACGUGCGCGAGGAGGGCACGCAGUUUAUCUCCAACGCGAUUCAGACGGCACUGAAAGUCGGACUUUUUUCGGCCGACGCAGGCACGUAUGCGGGGGCCAUGACAGAGCAGACCGCAACAGCCGCGAGGGCGGAGCUUGAACGAGACGCCGAGGGCCUGCGGGAAGGCGCAAAGCAGCUGGUGCAAAAUUUUGCCUCGUUUCUCAAGCAGGAGGCUGCCUACGUAAAACAACUUGAGCGGCUCUUAAAUUGGAACUCACCGACAUCGGGAGGCGCGCAACGCGAGUGGGUAGCACAACUAUUGUGAUCCAGGAGACGAAUACUCUUCACCGGCCGUCAAUGAAGACUGUUGAUAAAUGCCGCGCUGAAUGCAAUACGAGUAAUUAGACGCACAGUACCAAGACGAAGACCAAGACCAUUUUUCCAGCACAUGGAAAAAACGGAGCUACCAGAAAAAUGACACUUCCGCCUUCGUGGGGGGCGACCAAGAUAAUUCGUCGUAGCGGGAGUCGCAGUUGAUGUGUCCGUCAGCUUGCGCACAGUGCGACAGACCACUAUGAAAGGUUAGAACUCAUAUCGCGAAUAUGGACCACAGCCUCUCCAGUCAGCCUCAGCGUCAAGAAUGUUACCACACCGCACCGUUUCCGUGCUUGAGAUUUCAUGCCAUUAUGGUCGUGCAGAUUCAAGUGUAUCGAUGCUUGCUCCUGAGAAUAGAGAAGAUUUUUGCAACUGACUUAGAUAGAAAACUUCUUGGUCAGUUCGUUUGGCUUUACCUUUAUCAGACAGAAAAUUCGAACGCUCAAAAAAUUAAGGAUACCUGCUCGUCAAUUAACCUCAUGUCGAUACAGGAAUAUUGAAUAAUACAGCGAGCGGCCCCGGUCAUUCAUGUGGAUAAAGAGACAUGUCAUACAACAAACGGUGGUUGAGUUUUUCUGACGUAUUUUUAUACUUUUUUGUGGCCACGGUGGCGGCACUGAUUCUGAGCUUCCGAAAAUGAAGUAAACAGCAGAAAUUCAGAGACGAUAGCAAUUUGAGAAUACAGGGUGACUGAUGAGAAAAGCAAAUAGUAACUGAUGGACGCAGCUGCAGGCUCGUUCCGUGCUUCCGAAUUCGUUAGGCACGUAUUGCACGUUCUUUGAUACGGGCAAACAGCGAGUGAGCUAGCAAUGGCCCAUCUGUAAAAAAAGCCCUGGCUGGAUC